GCACGCAGCUAGUGGUGAAUUCAGCAUCCAUCCCACAGAGUCCGCUCUCUCAUUCCACGCCCUACUGAAAUCCACACGGCUCGGGAAAUGAGGGACCACAACACUGCCUGAAGAUGGCCAACUCCACAGCUUCCUAUGACCAGCUGGUCUACCAGGUGGAAGCUCUCCGCCAGGAGAACUCCCAUCUGCGUAGAGAGCUGGAGGACAACUCCAACCACCUGUCUAAGCUCGAGAACGAGACCACCGACAUGAAGGGGGUAUUGAAGGGCCUGCAGAAUAAACUGGAGCUGGAGGCUGGCACUUUGGCCUCCUCAGGGAGGACUGAUGUGCUGGAUCAGCUCAAAGAGUUGCACAUGGACCUGACCAACUACUAUGAGCUGAAGUACCAGCCGCACAAUCUGCGCGUCCUCCCAGACAGUCUAGCCAGUCUGGCAGCUCAGUCGAGUGACAUGGACGAUCGUCUGGCCUGCUUGCCUCCCUCCUCCUCCAGAGCCAGGAGCCCCCUACGGCCUUCAUCCCGCCAGAGCUCCUCUCUGUCAGGGGAGGGCACGGCCGUGCAUCCUGGACACCCCCACCUCAUGGAUGGAGCCCUGGCCAAAGCCAUGCUGGGAGACGGACGUAUCACGGCCCAGCAUCUGGAAGACCUCUACAAAGAGAGGGCUAUGCUGGUGAGUGAGAUAGACAAGGAGGAGAGGGAGCGUCACUGGUACUACAGCCAGCUCCAGGGCCUGUCUCAGCGGCUGAACCAACUGCCACGCAUCGACACAUUCUCCAUACAGAUGGACCUCAUUCGCCAGCAGCUGGAGUUCGAGGCGCAGCAGUUGCGUUCUGUCAUGGAGGAACGCUUCGGAACCAGCGAUGAAAUGGUCCAGCGGACUCAGAUCCGUGUGGCUCGUCUGGAACAGCUAGAGAAAGAGCUACAGGAGGCCCAGGAGUCCAGAGGCUCCCAGGAGAAGAACCUGUGUGAGAUCUCAAGCUGUGAAACAGAAAAUGCAUUGUCUUCUUCUGCGAUUGAUGCACAAGGAGAUGGAAGCAAAGUGGAGAUGGUGUUCUGGCUGCUCUCCAUGUUGGCCAACCGGGACAGGGAGGAGAUGUCCCGCACUCUGCUGACCAUGUCCAGCUCCCAAGACAGCUGCAUCGCCAUGCGCAAGUCAGGCUGUGUCCCCCUGCUGGUGCAGAUCCUUCACGACGGCCCAGGGGGCGCCGGAGAGGCGGACGGAAGUACAGGGUGCAGCCGGGAGGCCCGAUCCAGAGCCAGCGCUGCCCUGCACAACAUAGUGUACUCCCAGCCAGACGAGGGCCAAGCCCGGCGGGAGAUGAGGGUGCUGCACGUGCUGGAGCAGAUCCGCUCGCACUGUGACAGCGGCUGGGACUGGAUCGAGAGCCACGUGGGGAGGCCCUCCCCCGGAGGUACUACAACCACAGACAUCCCUGAGACAUUGGAGCCCCAGAUCUGCCAGGCCAUGUGUGCUGUCAUGAAGCUCUCCUUUGAGGAGGAGUACCGACAAGCCAUGAAUGAACUAGGGGGGUUGCAGGUAGUUGCAGAGCUAAUGCACUUGGACCAGGAGCUGUACGGAAUGAAGAACGAUCCCAUCAAUAUGGCGCUUCGACGCUACGCAGGGAUGGCGCUGACAAACCUAACUUUCGGAGAUGUAGUCAACAAGGCCACUCUCUGCACAAAGAAAAGCUGCCUGCAGGCCAUUGUUGCCCAACUUGCAUCUGAUAGUGAGGAACUACAUCAGGUAGUGUCUAGUAUUCUGAGAAAUCUGUCAUGGCGUGCAGACAUCAACAGCAAGAGGGUCCUUAGAGACAUAGGGAGUGUAACAGGAUUGAUAACCUGUGCUCUUCAAGCCACAAAAGAAUCCACGUUGAAGAGCCUCCUCAGCGCUCUGUGGAACCUGUCAGCACACAGUCCUGAGAACAAGGUGGCCAUUUGCUCAGUAGAUGGGGCUCUGGGCUUCUUGGUCAGCACCCUCACCUACAGAUGUCAGACCAACUCACUGGCAAUCAUCGAGAGUGGAGGUGGCAUCCUGCGCAAUGUUUCCAGUCUUGUGGCCACACGGGAUGAUUACAGGCAAAUCCUCAGGGACCACAACUGUCUCCAAACACUGCUUCAGCACCUGCGCUCUCACAGCCUGACGAUUGUGAGCAACGCUUGUGGGACUCUCUGGAACCUCUCUGCCCGCAGUCCCAAGGACCAGGAACUGCUGUGGGACCUGGGAGCAGUCAGCAUGCUGCGCAACCUCAUCCACUCCAAGCACAAAAUGAUAGCCAUGGGAAGUGCCGCAGCUUUACGGAACCUGCUCACGAAUCGGCCCCUCAAGUAUAAGGAUGCUGCGGUCAUAUCCCCUGGUUCCUGCAUGCCCUCGCUCUACAUGAGGAAGCAGAAAGCACUGGAGGCUGAGCUAGAUGCAAAGCACCUUGCUGAAACAUUUGAUUCCAUUGAAAAACAAAGCAGCCCCAAGCAUCCAAGCAUUAACAAGCCGCUGCGGCAUAUCGAGAGCCUGGCAAAGGAUUAUGCAUCUGACUCAGGCUGCUUUGACGAUGAUGAGGCCCCUAAUGUCUCCAGUAGUCUGGAUACAGGGAGUUUCUCCAUGCUCUCCAUGUUCCUGACGAAUUCCAACUUUCUUCAAAACCAGCCUCGCAAGAAGGACAGUGAACCGGAGAGAGACGUGGAGCCACCACAGACAGUGGAUAAGAGGCCAGCGCCUCCAGAAGACGAGGUGUCUGUUGCAGCAGGAAAAUUAGCAAAAAAGAUCACCAACACUGUGGCCAAGAUUGAUAAGCUUGUGGAGGACAUUACCAUGCAUACAUCUUCGGAGGACAGCUUCAGCCUCAGCUCAGAGGACCAUUUUGCAGACUGGCCUUAUGGAUCAGAUGAACUCCAUGAGGCCCGGGCCAAGUCAUGCUCCCCCUGCCGCCUCUCUGAUACCAGCAACUUUGCACACAGAGAACGUCUAAACAGAGCCUAUGCUCUCUUACGUCUCAAAACCACCCAUGCAAGUUUGUCCACUGACAGUCUCAACAGUGGCAGUACCAGUGAUGGCUAUUGUGGUAGCAAGGACCAGAUUAGGCCCUCAGCGAGAUCAGCAAUAGCGCAAAGACGACCUAACAAGCUUGAUCUUAAGGUGGCCCAUCAAGAAUAUCUUAACAUCAGAGCUCAUGUUCUCAAUGCGACAAGUCCGAUCGAUGUGCCAGAGAGAGAUUCUGUGGACAACAAAGAGGUUCAAUUGCUUGAACUAAAUAGCACAGAAACAGAGAAGAGCCAAGAGCUGCCCCUGCAAACACCAGCUAGUGCAUCAACUAAAAUGUCUUCUGAUGUCAGCAUGACUUCCAUAAAGCUGUCCCCUUCCUACCAACAUGUCUCUCUAAUUCAAAGUGUCUCCAAGUUUGGUGUUGCAAAAAGUGCCAUCAAUGUGCAGGCAGCUCAAGCAAUGAGGAGACAAGCAUGGGUCCCAACUGUGAUGACUGGAGGGAGUUUAGGCAAGUUUUCUCCGAUGAGCUCUGCUAGAAGUCCAACCAUUGGCCCAAUGGAGACACUGCAGAAGUAUUCGGUGGAGAACACCCCAAUCUGUUUCUCCCGUUGCAGUUCCCUGUCCUCCCUCUCCUCUGGUGAUGGAGCUCUUGACGGACAGAGUCAAAGUGAAAAUGAGUUGGAGAGUGACUCAUCACUUGAGAUCAUUGAAAUGGAAGAUGGGGAUCUGGUCAAUAGGGAGGAGGAGAAUGAGACCCUGGAGGAUUUAAGUGAUAGCCAACUGCUAGUCACCGAUUCAAAAACCUGUCUGAGCAUUGGGUCUGAUCCUAUUGAAAUUCCCUGCCCCACCAAACGUGAAAAGGUGUUCCUCAGGGGUGUAUCACCAGGCAUACUUGAGGACAGAUCACCUUCAAGUUCAUCAGAGAACUACAUCCAUGAGACCCCACUUGUGAUGAGCCGUUGUAGCUCGGUCAGCUCACUGGGUAGCUUUGAGUCUCAUUCAAUUGCCAGCUCCAUACUUAGUGAUCCAUGCAGCGGAAUGAUCAGUGGAACCAUAAGUCCAAGUGAUCUUCCUGACAGUCCAGGGCAAACCAUGCCCCCCAGUCGAAGCAAAACCCCAUGCUUUGCUGAAUCAAAUGGACCAGAAACCCAAAAUGCCGGGACAGCAGGGCAGUGGGAAAGCAGCUUGCGCAAGUUCAUGGAAAUUGCAGACUUUAAGGAAAGGAUCAACUUACCUCCAGAUUUGGACACCAUGAUCUACUUUACAGUAGAAAAACCCACAGAGAACUUUUCAUGUGCCUCCAGCUUGAGUGCUCUACCUCUUCAUGAGCACUACAUUCAGAAGGAUGUGGAACUGAAAUUGACUCCCUUACUCCAGCAAAAGGACAACAAUCCAUCAUUCUCAAGGGCUCAUGGAGAUAGAGGUGACAAUGAGCAUCCUUCUUUUAUGGACCAAGGGGAGAGAUAUAGUGAGGGCAAUUCAGAUGAUGAUAUAGAAAUUCUCAAAGAAUGCAUCAAUUCAGCAAUGCCCUCCAAGUUCAGGAAAGUAAUGCCCUCCUUGAUCUCCACCUUACCCACCCAUGUUCUAAACUCCCAAACCAGAAAACCUAUACCUGUUUAUAUGAUGGUUCCUAACAAUGCCAAUCAAAUGUGCUCAGGGAGAAGGAUUGUGAUGCAACAAAAGGACUUAUAUCUUGAUGAUUCAUCAUACACUGAUUCUACUGAGGGCACCCCUGUCAACUUUUCCAGCACGACAUCGUUAAGUGACGAAACACUUCAGUACUCAGUGAGGGACAAGGGGGCAAAAGAUUGGAGGGUUAGAAGUAUGAACAAACAGGAAUUGUUGGAUCAAGAGGCAAAGAGAAUUGAAGACCUUCGGGUUUUCUCGCACUUCCACAAGUCCACUAAAAUGACCAGUCAGCCUGACAUACUUGUCAAUCAAAUGAGCAGGUCAAUCAAACAUGUCAUUCCCACUCAAAGAGUACUGAUGCAGAGCAAAGAAGUUGCUGAUAGAGUGGCUAAUCAGAGAAACCGUGAUCAAUCACCCAAUCAACAAAGACAAGAGCAGGGACAGGUCCUGACAAGGAAACUGGAUCUACCUAUCAUAAAGCCAAACACAGAAGGGAACCAAAAUCAGAGAGCAAUAGAGAGAAAUAAGGCUUUUCAGUCCAUGCCCCAUCCAACAUCUACAGGGGAAGCCAUUUAUUGCUUGAAUGAUGACCAGACAGACAAAGAGGAGGGAGUGAUGAAAAGGACAGGGAGAAAACAGAUGAGAGAGUCCAGCAGAAACACUCUCUCCCGAAGUAUGACUAAUAUUGGUCGGAUUGACAAUUCCCAGACAAGACCCAAAGGCUUUAAUAGGAUCAAACACAAACUAAUCAUGGAGGAAACACCCACAUGUUACUCUCUUAGUUCAUCUCUUAGCUCUUUGAGUGAUGCAGAAUUUGAGGAACACCAAUCAAAAUCUCAGCAAGUAUGGGUGAAAAACAAACACAACAAGAUAUCUAACCAGGUCCAACAAACAAGACCAAUGCACAUCCACAAUCAGUAUGAGGAACAAAGCUCACCAAGCUCAGUCAGUAUGGAUUCAGAGGAUGAUCUUCUGCAAAAAUGCAUAACAUCUGCAAUGCCAAAGCAGAGGAAGAAGCUCUCUGCAAGAAAGAAAGCAGAGAAGAAGCAGAAACAAAGAAACGACAUGCAGAAAGUGUCCGGUGGAUGGAACAAUGAACAAGACUUUGACAGUGACGAUAUAGCAUCUGAUAAAGACUCAGACCUCAACAGUGUUGAAUGGAGAGUAAUACAAGAAGGAGCUAAUUCUGUUGUCACAAGGUUACAAGCAUCAAAGUCUCAAGAACAUUCCUCUGAAGAGACUGAAUCUGUCCUCUCAUUUAUGUCUGGAUCUAGCUUUACGCCUAAAGAAAAGAAGAUCUUUAAAGACAAAAAAGCAAACAAACCACUGGACUUUAACCAACGUAAACCAGUUCCAAAUCUGCCAGUGGUCUUCAGAGGUAGAACAGUGACAUACACGCCUAAGAAAGAGACAAAUCUUUCGCAAAGGCCGCCUCCUAAUAAAGAAUCCUCCAAAACAGAUGCUCCAAAGAAUCCAAACCUUGCUCAACAGAGGUCAAAGAGUCUCCACCGUUUGGGACAACCCCUGGACUCCACACAGUGGUGUUUGCCGAAAAGAAGCUCAACCCCACCUCCGAGGAUACCAAAGAGCUCAUCCUCUGGAUCAUCUCAAAGCUCUACUCCAUCGAGACAGUCACAGAAGAAAAUAAUCUCCCCCUCACAAACAAGUAAAUCUGUUCCCCAAAAAGAUAACACACCAGCAAGUAGUCCACCUGAAAGAAAGGGACGUUCCACUGUUCCUUCAAAUCAGAGCCCAAUAUCUCCAGGACACAAAACACAGAAGUCACCCGUCCGAAUACCCUUCAUGCAGAAUGCAGCAAGACAGUCCAGAACUCUAUCGCCAUUGGUAACCAACCAAGCCACAAGUAUCAACAGACAAAACAGUCAGGUGGCUGGAAAAAUAAUCCCUCCAGCCAAUCGUUUUGACUUAGUCAGCAUGACAUCUACCCAUUCAAGCAGCAGCGAGUCUGACCGCAAUGGGUUCCUGAGGCAAUUGACCUUUAUCAAGGAAUCGAAGACAAGGAUGAGACGUGACAUUUCGUCCUCACGCUCUGUGCCUACCUCGCAGCACGCAUCGCCCAGAAAAGCAAUUCCAGGUGCUCCUGCAGUCUUCCUAUGCUCAUCUCGAUGCCAAGAGCUAAAGGUAGUUGCUCAGGGGCCAAGAAGAAUGCAAGGAAAGGGCCCCGGGCAAAGGCAAGAGCCUAGGCAGGAGCAGGGGCUUCAAAGGCAGACUGUGACUCUGUCCAGAGCCUGCUCUAGUGACCGAGACCUCUCAACGAGGCGUCCAGCCAGGAGAACCAGCUCAGAGAGUCCCUGCAGGGUGCCUCCGAGAAACAUCUCUGCAACCAAGCAGCAGGCAAGAGACAACAUCAAGCGCCAUUCCUCAUCGCCCAGCAUAAACAUACUAAGCAGAGUAACCAGCCGCUCCUCCCUCCGCUCCUCGUCCUCCGACUCAAGUGGGCGAGCCAAGAGUGAGGACGAUACAAAGAAGAAGCAGCAGAGAACUGGAUCACACCUCAAUGACAGAGUCACCUGGAGGAGGAUUCGGGAUGAGGAUGUGCCUCAAAUCUUGAAGAGCACUCUGCCAUCUACUGCAUUGCCUCUGUUGCCUGUUCCUGAAGGGCCAAAACCAAAACCACCAGCACUGCCAAGGAAACUGCCGACCAUUUUACUUAAGUCAAGAAAGACGAGCGACGCUACAGUCCAAACAGAGGAUUUCUCGUCCAACAAGACCAACUCAAGCACCUCUCCAACUGUUGAGACAGCUCCAAUCAUCUCAGAGGAGGCAGCGAGACUAGCCCUCCUUAGAAAGAUCAGCAUUGGCUCCGGCCAAGAUGGAGACUCUGAUGGAUCCCUAAAGAGUUACAGCACAGCAUCCUCUGGAAACGCUCACUCUGUGGAAACUCACACAGGCGGUGUCGGCCAUUUCCGUCAGAGCUCCCCCAGCAAGGCAGUUCGGGUCACCCCAUUCAACUACAUACCCAGCCCCAUGGCCUGCUGUCUGCAAGACGCACAGAGCCAAGCAACAACAAUCAAUGAGAAGUCAUGUGAAAAAUCUGAAGCCUAGUACCUACUACGUAGUACCGUAUGUACUUCUGUACAAUUGAGAUGAGAAAAAUCCUACUGUGUUCCUGAUUGAAACUAACACAAAUACUUGUGUAUAUCAAUCCUUUUACCUCGGGUAUUGAACCUUCUUUUUCCUCACUGCAUCAGAAACAUGUCUUCAAAAAAGAACACUUGUCAUUUCAAAUCAUCUGAUCCCACAUGUCAUUCAUACAAGUUGGAUGUAUGCAUUAAGACAGGACUUCAUUGGAUAGAAUAACUCUAUCCUAUAUUUAGAGAGGAGUUACGGGGAGUAGCCUAAUCUCAUACAAAAUGCACAUUUUUGUACUUUUUGUAUUUGUAUAUAAACCAUUGCUUGUUAGAAGAUUAGUGUAGACAUGACAACAUAGAAAAAAUGCAAUUGUCUGUGGAUUUCAAGACAUACAGCACCAUCAUCAAAAUGAAGGAACAACCAUUAUUGAAAAACAAUAUGCAAAUCAUUGAGUGAAAACCCAGCUGGAAGACUUGUGUGUUUUUGAAAAGGUACUACUGUGGCUCCAAACUAAUUUGAAAAAGACUGUGAAAUACAUCAAAAUAUGGACAUAAUAUUAUGUAAAGUAUUUACUAUGUACCCACAUGUUACUGCUUCGCCUUCGCCACACUAUUUACAACUGAGGAUACCACACUGUUAGCCUUCACUUUAGAACCACUGCAGGAAUUGUUAUUGCCAAUAGUUAAAGUUAAAUAGUCAGCACUGCUGGAACACUAUGUUAUCUGUAUUCUGUUUCAAAAGCGGUAUUGUAAAUGCAUGCAGACCAAUGUUCCCUCUAAACUGAGCGCAUGCGCAGAAGUGCACCUCCUCCAGGACUGCCACGCAGAAAAAAAGCCAGGUGGCUCAGAGAUUCAAGAGUUCACUUCACUGAGUUCACAUUAUAAAGAGCAACAUUUUCUGUGCUCGACUCAACAUUAUAUCAACCCCUUUUUAAUGCAACAAACCAAAACAAAUCCAACUUUGCAAGAUUUAGUCUGUUAUUUGGUUGUAGCCAGAGCGCAACGGAGUAGAAUUCUAUUGGCGGGUGUAGCCCACGAGCGGUAUUUCAAUCACCCGCGAGUGAAUGGCUUUUCAGAUCAGAGCCGCGCGUGUGGACAUUUGUUAAAAUUUCGUUGCUAGAUAGCGAGUUAUUAGGCCAGUUAUAGAUAAGUAUAGGUCAGCAAUGGAGAGGUACUGCUUCAUACAAGAGCACAAAACGUGUAGGCUACAUUUCAAGCUUUCUUUGAAAAGCCAGUCAGGUAAAAAGCUUAUGUCUUAAUUAAAGGGGCAGUGUUGUAUUUUGAGACAGGCGUGAAUAUGCACAUAAGCCAAUAGGAAGAGGGGUAGCCUACAUUAUCUAAUUCGCUGUAUGGUAAUAAUAAUUAAUUGAAUUUUGUAAAGUGGUUUCUUGCAUCAUAUAACACUAUACAAUGCAAUUUACAGUCACCUAUUUUACCCAUGGAGUUAGAGAAUAAGUAAAAAAUAAUGAAUUAAUGUCAAGCCCUUCAUAAUGUAAAAACGUUUUAAAACGUCUCAUGCAAUGUAGUCCUGCAUUGAACACCACAUAUAGGCUACUGUAGGCUAUUUCAUAGAAAUCAAAAUCUAUUUCCAUGUGAAUGUUAUGGGAUUUGCUCCAUUCGUUUUGUUGGUAGGCCUACAUUAUGCUCAAAUAGCCACAAUAGCCUAUUGGUUACUGUCUAAAACUGUAAACACACGCCGGAAGUUGGACAAAAUUCUCACAACAUUCAAGUUUCCGCUCACAAGAUCUAAAAUUUGAUUUGCGCAGCACACCAAAAAAAUUGAGGGAACAUUGAUGCAGACAUGCAGUAGAACUCUAUAAGCUUCCCAGUGAGCAAAAACAACUCUUGUGUUGCUCCUUACAGCAUGCUAAAUACACCUGUAUUACACCUGUUAAUAUUGUAGAUGUUGGACUAAAAUUAACUUCUCCUCGGUGGCAUUCUUCCUUAUUUAAAAAGACCUACAAAAAAUAACCAGCCAUGGGAACAAACAUACAUUUCUUGUCCAUCUCCAUUCUGGAUCAAGUGGCAGUGAGAAUAUGCCAUGCUCAUUGAUUCUAAUUGUAGAUGAACAGUUUGAAUGACUGUAUUUCAACUUAAUAGCUGUAAAAGCCUUUGUCUAUUGAAUGCUAUGACAUAUGUGUUUGCCUCUAGAAUCACGUAAAGUAAUCAGAGAGCAGGUACUGUACAAUAUGGUGUGAAGGUGGACGAUGGUCGUUAAGAAACCACUGUUGGGUUCUACACAAGAGUACACAUACAGAAAUUAUUCUGUAGAAAUAUUUACAGAAAGGUGUUAAUAUCCGCUUAAACGUCUUGCUGUCUGUAGUGAUAGGUCAAAGAACUCAAGCAUAAAGACCUUAGAAAUAAAAAUGCAUAUUCUCUGUAGUUGUAACAUCAUCUGUUCAUAUGUUCUCGUUAAGAGAUGUAACCAAGACAACUCGAUUGAGAGAAGUGCUUGACAGAAAUUAAACUAAUCUGGCGUGAUUUCCAUGGAAUUUAAGAGCUGUUUAUUCUCAUUUAAUGUACAAUGUUAAAUUGAGUCAGGUAACAUUUCCAAAGCAUUUGAGUAAUGCAAUUAACCAAGCCCCUUUGUCACAAUGGCCAUUGAUAAUGUAUAAACAGCCCUUGAAGACUAGUAGUGACAAUGGAGUACAUAGGAAAAUUGUCAAAGAUCAAGACAGUAUUCUUGAACUCUUUUGCAAAGGUUCUUACAACGGAAAUGUUGUAUAAUGUAUGUUACAAAUCAGAUUAAAAGAUCCAAGGUUGUACACCAUGAAUGUCAUAGACCUUGUUUAUACCUGGCAUUAAAUUAUGUAAAGUUAGAUUCAAUGCUUGAAAGCACCGGAAAGAUUUGUGAACGAGUCUAGUGAAAUCCCCUCCCAAGGUGGAAUAGAAAGCCGAUUUGGAUCGGCCAUGACUCGGAACUGGAAUACUGUAUUAGCAAUUAGGUAUCCUGUGAGACCAGUGUCAUUUUGAUAUUACUCACUUUGCUACAACUAGGAUAGGCGAAAUUAAGUUGGACCAUGGGGUGAAAGGAAAAAAGGAUUAUAGCAGAUCAGAUAUGGGGUAGAAGAAAUCUCAUGCCAUGUAUAAACAGGGCCAUAGACAAAUGGUACCAUGUGAUAUAGGCCAAGGAAUGAAAGUCAUCAUAAUACAUUUUCUCAUCAAAUAAAUUGUGGACGUGUAUCAUUUA